AUGUUUUCCUUUAAUAGGUACAACGGUAUUGGUCUUCAUUCAGCUCGUGGAAGUGGUACAAAUGGAUACAUACAGCGUAAUCUUGCAUAUAUAAAACCACGUGAACAGCAAUCAACUUAUAAAGAAGAAAUAUCAGCAAGGGGUAGAUCACCAGAUAGAUCCAUACUCGAACAUGAUCAAAAGCGUAAGAUUGAAUUGGAAAUUAUUCAAUUACAAGAUGAAUUGGAAGAUAAAGGAAUUCCUGAGAGUGAAAUUGAAUCAAAGUGUAGUGAAUUACGUCAUGAGUUACUCAAUAGACCCACACAACCAAUAAAUACAAAGAAUCAAUUCAAAGGUCAUCAAACACAUGCAAUCGCUGCUGCUAAAGCUCUCGAAAUGCAGCGUAUUGAUCAUGCUUUCAACACAAACACCAAUUACAAAGAAGGUGACGCCUUCGAUCGCGAUUUACAAGAACGUAAACGUUUAGAUAGAGCUGAAAGAAGAGAGCAUCAUCAAGCUAUGCGCAUUCAACGUGAAAGAGAAGGUAGACAGAGUGCUAGAAGUCAGGUUGAGCGUGAUUUAGAUGAAAGAGAGAGAGACAGGGAUGUGGAUGUAAGGAGGUCUCCUGGUAGACCUUCUAGAAGGGAUUAUCGAUACGACGACAGAUCCAAAUCCCCAGACUAUGAUGUCAGAAGGUCUCCUGCUUACGAUAGCAAACGUAGAUCACCUUCUCCAAACGACAGAGGUAGAUCUUUAUCACCCUACUCCAAAAGAGCGGCACUCUCACGCAGAAGGUCACUUUCUGACUCAAAAUCACCACUCCCGCAAUCCCCGCGAAGAAGAAAUUUUACAGGGGAUACCAGAGCAUCUUUAACCCCUUUGACGCCACACUCUGAUGCAUAA